CUCCAGCUGCUGCUCAAGAGCCGCGUCGACAGAACAGAACAGAACAGAGGGGCCUUGUCGCGCGAGGAGGGGGGGACGAGGUGGGGCGUCGCAAGCAGCUCGCCCCACCGCCAUGGCGUCCUUGUCGAAGGCCUCAGACUCCUCAUCCCAGCGCUCCAAGCGGCCGGAUCAGGGGAUGGGCAGGGACGCAGCUGCCGCCUCCGUCGUCGCGAUUCACAGUAAGCUAACGCAGCUGAGGCGCCAAAUCCAAUCCGGGCGCCUUGCACACAUCAAGGAGAAGGUGGAGGCGAACAGGAAGGUGCUGCAGAGGCACACCUGCGCGCUGUUCGACGUGGCCGCCGCGGCGGAGGCGGCUUCGAGGGGCACGGAGGGCGGCAACGCGCUAUCGCAGCGCGCCGCGGAGGGGCAGUCCAGGCUCGUGGGAUCAGACCUGGCCAACGGGCCGGGUGAGAGGGACGUGGUGUACGUGCAGGAGGAGAACUUGGCGGCCGGGACGCUCGUGCUCUCGAGCUCUGGCUGUGCCGCGCAGAGGACCGUCGUGCGGUUCGUGAAGCUGCCGUUGGUUGAGAGGAUCCCUCCAUACACCACGUGGAUUUUCCUGGAGCGCAGAAACCAAAGAAUGGCCGACGAUCAGUCAGUUGUUGGUAGGAGAAGAAUUUACUAUGAUCCAGUUGGAAAUGAGGCUCUGAUCUGCAGCGACAGCGACGAUGAAAUUCCUGAACCGGAGGAAGAGAAACAUCUUUUCACAGAGGGAGAAGAUCAAUUGAUAUGGAAAGCUACUCAAGAACAUGGGUUAAUCCGAGAGGUUGUAAAUGUUCUCUCCCAGUUUAUUGAUGCAACUCCAUUAGAAAUUGAGGAAAGAUUUGAAGUUCUAUUUGAGAAAAAUGAGAAGCAAUCUGGAUGUUCUGAUAAGAUACAGAGCCAACUUUCUCUUGACAAGACUAUGGAUGUUGUUUUGGAUUCUUUUGAUAAUCUCUUCUGCCGCAGAUGUUUGGUUUUUGACUGCCGUCUGCAUGGUUGCUCUCAGAAUUUAGUAUUCCCAAGUGAGAAGCAACCCUAUGGCUUUGAACUUGAUGAAAACAAGAGGCCAUGUGGUGAUCAGUGCUACCUUCGAGUAUGUUUCCUCCCGAAAUAUACUACCAUAUCCACUAACAUUUUCUUUUUUGGUAAUCCUCAAAGAAGAGAAGGAUUUCAAGAGAUGCACGAUGAUGAUCAUGAUGGUUGUGCAACAUAUACUACGGAAUCAAGAACUGCCUCACACAAAGUUGAUGUCAAUAUAUUGUCUGAAUCAGAAGAUUCAAACCGAGAGGAAGACAAGAUUAAGUCCGCUAUAUUUGUUGGAACCAGCGGAUCAAAAAUAGUUUCUUCUGCGAGUGCUGAAAAAAGCAAUACACCGCCUUCUGGGGAUACCUCUGAAACCGAAAAUGCAUCCUCUGAUUUACCCCUCAGCAUUUUAGGCAAGCACAGGAUUUCAAAGCAUGGACCCAGGUAUAGGGAUCAUUCUCCUGGUAAAAGGCAGAGGGUUUUCACUGCAGAUAUUUCUUUUGCAAGCAGUAUACUGAAUAAACAUUCCAUUCCGGAGAUUGGUGACACAAGACUAGAUUCUAGAGAAUCUGGAGGCGAUCAACUACCAAGUCUUGAUGACUCCAAUAAGAAAACUUCAAGCAAAGAUAUAUGUGGAGAAAGCACUAGUACUACUCAAAAUGUGGGAAGAGACAGUAAUAAAGUACCUUCCACAAAGACUUUCUUAGAGCACACUCUUUCUUGUUGGAGUGUCUUAGAGCGAGAUUUAUACUUGAAGGGGAUAGAGAUAUUUGGAAAGAAUAGUUGUCUCAUAGCUAGAAACCUACUAUCUGGCCUGAAGACCUGCAUGGAAGUGGCCAACUACAUGUAUAACAAUGGUGCAAUGAUGGCAAAGAGACCUCUCUUGAGUAAAUCCGUCUUGGGCGACUUUGCAGAGACUGAACAAGACUACAUGGAGCAAGACAUGGCUGCCAGAACAAGAAUCUAUCGUCGGAGGGGCCGAAAUCGAAAGCUGAAAUAUACCUGGAAGUCUGCAGGGCAUCCAACAGUUAGGAAAAGCCUUGGUGAUGGGAAGCAAUGGUACACACAAUAUACACCGUGUGGAUGCCAGCAAAUGUGUGGCAAAGAUUGCUCCUGUGUGGAAAAUGGAACUUGUUGUGAGAAGUACUGUGGGUGUUCAAAAAGCUGCAAAAACAAGUUUAGAGGCUGUCAUUGUGCAAAAAGUCAAUGCAGAAGCAGACAAUGCCCAUGUUUUGCUGCCAGUCGUGAAUGUGAUCCGGAUGUUUGCAGGAACUGCUGGGUGAGCUGUGGCGAUGGUUCACUAGGUGAGCCACCAGCAAGAGGCGAUGGUUAUCAGUGUGGAAACAUGAAGCUCCUUUUGAAACAACAGCAAAGGAUUUUGUUAGGAAGAUCUGAUGUUGCAGGUUGGGGUGCAUUCAUUAAGAACCCUGUACACAAAAACGAUUAUCUUGGAGAAUAUACUGGCGAAUUGAUCUCUCACAAGGAAGCAGACAAGCGUGGCAAAAUCUAUGACCGGGCAAACUCGUCAUUUCUGUUUGAUUUGAAUGACCAGUAUGUAUUGGAUGCUUAUCGCAAGGGGGACAAAUUAAAGUUCGCAAAUCACUCAUCUAACCCCAACUGCUACGCAAAGGUGAUGCUGGUGGCUGGCGACCAUCGGGUUGGUAUCUAUGCAAAGGAGCAUAUUGAAGCUAGCGAGGAACUCUUUUAUGAUUAUCGUUAUGGACCUGACCAGGCUCCAGCCUGGGCUAGGAGACCAGAAGGAUCAAAGAAGGACGAAACAUCUGUCUCUCACCAUCGAGCACACAAAGUUGCGCGAUAGUUGAAGAGUAGCUCCGGAUGAUACAAUCUGCUGCAUAUUAUAUGAUAAUAAAUACAUGAUUUAGUCCAAGUUCAUUAUACAAGGACCAUUUGUUGGUAGAUAAACAUAUUAUAUACUCCUUAGUAAAUAGACUCUCAGACAUCGAAUUUGCAAAUAAAUGAAAAUAAACAUUUGUGGACUUCA